AUGGAUAAUCUAAUUGACAUGGACCGUAAAGUUUUGAGCAUAUUCCUUUUCUUGAUUCACGUGAAACCGCAAGUUGAUUUAUCUAUUGCUGUUCGAAAAUUUAACCACCAGAAAGACAUGUCGGAGUAUUGCAGGCGUCGAGUGGCGCCAUCUGUGUUCCUAGGGAAACAGGUCAUGGAAGCCAGCUCCCAUAUCAUGCACUUCUCACAGUUGGAAGUGCCAUAUAGUUGCACUUUGAGCGUAAGGACAGAGUCCGGCAAUAAUAUUAUCCUGGUUAUUCAAUUGUUAUCCGAAAUGGGUUUAAUUGACGCCUGCGCACAAAAUGCCGAUCAGCUGAUCAUAUAUGAGUUUGGAGAAACGUUUGGCGGCUACUGGGGGCAUCUACCUCAUACAAUGAUUAAGAAGACUACAAAAAAUUAUACUCAGUUCUAUACUUUAAAAACUACAAAGCCUACAACUACUACUGAAAGUACGAAACAUAAUUCAACGGAUGCAUCAAAAAACGUUCUCAUGCAAACGUUUCCAGUUGCGACGGACAGACCAAAGGACUUCAUCAGAAUGGAAGUGCCGCUGGUGAAUGUGUCCGGAAAUUUCCAAUUAGGGUCGCCGCUGCAGACGGACAAUGCAGAAGAGAUGUUCGACUUCAUCUAUGACGUCACACCGAAGAUCGGGGUAGAAUAUGAAACAAGCAUACUACCUUUAGUGCAGUUUUCAAUAAAGAAACAAACAAUUCGACAAGAUAGCUACGACAAGAAACAACGCUACGAUCUAGACUACGCGGUUGAUGGAUUUACUUUUGAUUCUAGAUUAUUAUUUAGUACAGUUAAUAGAAGAUUGACAACUAGAAAAAGGAAAUGGUCUGCACGCAGAACAUUAAAUUUUCGAAAGAAAAAAUUGCAAAAUGGGGAACUUCCUAUAGUAAAUAAUUUGUUAAGGGAUAAAAAGUUACAGUUUAUAGUUAAUCAAAGUGCCACAUUGCAAGCUGACUAUCAUGCUAAAAAUAGUUCAUACUCUCAUAUUAGAAGAGACGAAGAUCAAUCGACUGCAUACAAAGUUAAUAUGUCCGAUUACGUAACAGAAAAUGUUAAACCAUUACAACUAGAUAAAACAAGUAACAAUAUAAGUAUUAAAAAUGACAUUGAUAAAUCACAUUUUUUACAAAAGGGAAGGAUGGUGGACCAUGAAUCAUGGGAAAAUAUUGUACAAGCAGCCCCUGUUAUGGCUGUAGUUUUAAAUAAAAGUGAAAUAUUCAGUAACGUAACUCAAAAAGGCCGAGAAGAACACAAUAAAGUCGACAAGAGGAAUAAGCGGCACAUCCAUGCAUUAGAAGUAGAAAACUCUCGUCCACGCAAUUUGACCACGCAGCGUGCACUGACUAGGGGCACUGAAAUGCAGUAUCAAUUUUCGGACUUGCAGGAUCUUGCUGCACUAGUCGAGUUACAAGACGAUGAGAUAACAGGCCGCUUGGCAUUACGAUAUAUAAGAAACUACGUUGGUUCAGCACUGUUCAAUAUCUGUGACUUCAACGAGGCCAAGUCUCGUCAAGUUUUCCUGUUCAAUACUUCGAGGAUUGUUAUCGCUAUUAAUAAUUUCACAUUGGAGGGUAUGACACUUGUACUUACACCAGCUCAGUCCCUAGCCGACAGUAUGUCUAUGUGCGAACCUGGCCAUCUGGAGUGCCAGAUCAUCGGAACUCGAGUAUGCAUUGACUCCAUGAAUGCGUGUGAUGCAGUUCCUAAUUGUGGCUCCUACGAUAUUUAUGACGAAGAUCGUCUCAAGUGCGGCGUGACUCAAGGACUGCAACAUAACGUCUACCUCGCUGCCUUCACAUUCCUCGCGGUGAUCCUCACCAUACUAUACACUAUCCAGUACUGGCUCAAGCGAUGCGUGCCCAAAGUAUCCGAUGCCUUCUUCAUAUACACCGACGCAACUGAAAAUACAUUACUUUUGGACACAAUUAUGCGCUCACCCAACGAAGGUGAUGAAACAUCAAGUAAGUUUGUAUAUUCAGGGCAAUUCUUUGAUAAUGACACUUUGUAUGGUGACGGGUUUAAAGGUGAUUUAAAUGAAAAUGUUUGUAAGAAGAUCAUAAGUAAAUGUUGCGCAUAUUUGAUUUGUAAGAAGAGACGUGAAGAGCCUGCUGACUAUGUAAAUGAAGUAAAUUCAGUGCCAUUAGACAAAUCAAAUAUAUUUUCUUUUACGGAAUAUGAAUUACGUAGAUUUGCACAAUCCACAUUAAGAGAAGAAGCCGUCCAAACUGGAGAGAGUUUAGAAAUGCAAUCUGAAAUUUCUAAGGACGAACAUAAAGAUGUGCUUCGCCAAGGAAUCGAACAAGAUCCAUUAGUUAAACUAAAAGCAGUCGAUGACCAGGCAAGUCGUUGUAACUAUAAGGAGGAAUUAAAAUUAAUUAAGUUUACUAAAGAAACUAGGUCAUCGUCUCAAUGUAAUGAAAUAAACGCCGAUCAUCAAAGUUUAGGAAAUAUGGCAAGAAGGCAUGCCGUCGUUGCAGACGAUGAAAAAGAAAUAAGAAGUACAGUUUACGAACGUAUUUCAAAUACUAAUAUUAAUCCAGAGAAAAUACGUGUUAAGUGUGAAGUACAUUCCGAGAACAUAAAAAAACACUUUGACUCUAAUAAACGUUUGCGAUUUGAUGAAGAGCUUACUAUGAUACCUUCAAUAGAAAGUGGUGGAGAAAUAACGACUGAUAUUUUGGGCGGUAGAAUAAGUGUGUUUGGAACUGGAGAACAAAGCAAUCAAGAUUUCGAUACAAUAACACAGGAUGAACCUGGAACAAGUGACAGCCGCGAUUUCAUGCGGUUUUGGGGAACUUCGAAGGGCAAGAAGGGUAAAAAGAAGAAAGAAAAGCAACUUCGUAUGCAUUAA